AUGGUUCUCCUCUCAAUGUUCUGGACAUUGGGAACCAUUUUUGAGUCUUCGCUUGCAUGGGUACUCAGUAGAACAAACGACGCACAGAACAUUCUGGAGAAGAUGGCACUGGUCAACCGAUCAAAACUCCCUCCCGGGAAGCUUACGGUUGGAAUGGAAGAAAAAUCUGUCCCAUCAGAAUAUACUCCUCUACUAUCUUCAACUAAAAAGAACGAUUUGGAUUUUAGAUCAGACUCUCACCAUUUUGGUGAUAUCAUCUUGGAUCGCAUGCUUUACUUUGAAGCUAGCUAUACCAUGAACGAAACAGCCGAGACCUCUGACAGGAUGGAUGGUGAAAACUCUGUAUACACUCUGGACGAGGCACUUGCUUCUGUGGGGUUUGGGAAAUUCCAAGGACUGCUGCUUGCUUAUGCUGGACUUGGUUGGUUUUCAGAUGCAAUGGAAGUUAUGAUUCUCUCUUUUGUUGGACCGGCGGUUAAGUCCCAGUGGGAUCUCUCUCCAGGCCAAGAGAGUCUGCUAACCACUGUUGUUUUUGCUGGCAUGCUUGUUGGAGCAGUUACUUGGGGCCUUGUUUCAGAUUACUACGGUAGGAGGCAAGUUGUCAUGCCCAGAUUGAGUUGGAGAUGGCUACUUGCAUUCUCCACUUUACCAUCAAUUGCUCUUCUUGUCCUUUAUGGCAUUGUACCAGAAUCUCCAAGAUAUCUCUGCACGAAAGGUAGAAUAAGUGAUGCACAUAAUAUUCUGGAGAAGAUAGCUCUGGUCAACCAGUCAAAACUCCCUCCUGGGAUUCUUGUUUUUGAACGUAUGGUGGGACCUGAAGAAAAAUCUAUCCCAUCAGAAUAUGCUCCUCUAUUAUCUUCAACAAGAAAAAAGGUUGUGGAUUUUAAAUCUGGCUUCGCAUCAUUUGUCAUGCUUUUCUCAUCAAAAUUAAUUCGAACAACACUGCUGCUAUGGGUGUUAUUCUUUGGCAAUGCUUUUUCAUAUUAUGGUAUCAUAUUGCUGACCUCAGAGCUAAGGAGUGAGCAAAGCACAUGUGGCUCAACUGUCUUGCGGUCAGAAAAUCUUCAGGAAGACAGCCUCUACAUAAACUCUGCAACUUUGACAAUAGCAUUGUUGUCUGGAGCUCGCAUGUGUAUUGAAGGAAACUAUGCAGUUGCUUCGGUAUAUACCCCAGAGUUAUAUCCAACAACUGUGAGAGCUACCGGUGCUGGAGUUGCAAAUGCUGUAGGGAGGAUUGGUGGCAUGGUAUGCCCUCUUGUGGCAGUUGGACUGGUGACUGGCUGCCGGCUAACAGAAGCUAUCAUUCUGUUUGAGGUUGUAAUGGUUACUUCGGCGGUCUGUGUUCUGCUCUUCCCCUUGGAAACCAAGGGACAGGACUUGCGUGACAGUGUGGAUGUAUCUGAUUCAACACAAGUUGUUGCCGUUGGGUAG